UUUUUUUUCCAAUGGUUUUGACGUUUGCAAAGUCGCUUGUGCACAACUUUGACAAUGUGUGCAAGUACACUGAGGACGGCCUCGCCAUGGCCCGCGACGUCGUCUCGUUCAUCCGCAAGCGCCAGGCCAUCGAGUCCGAGUACGCCAAGGCACUCAGCAAGCUGUGCGUGCAAAUGAAGGACACGGUUCCAGCAGACAAGCGCGUCGCUCUUCAGGGUGGCGAGGAAACGGAUUUGUUUGGGUCUGUUCUCGGCACCUGGUACAGCGUGCUCGAGGAGGCGCACCAGGCAGCGAUGGUGCAGGAGCAUCUUGCCGCCGAGCUGGGACACCGAGCGGCAGACCCUUUGCAAGCACGUCUCAAGGAUCUCGAGACGCAGCGCAAACAGCUCGUGCAAGACGGCCAACGCGAUUCAAAGGAGUUGCAAGAAUCGUACACUGCGCUCAAGAAGGUCAAGUCGGUCUAUGAUGGGUUGCGCAAGGAGUCGGACGAAAUCGUGGCCAAGCACGAGGAAUCCAAGAACAACCAUAUGAGCAAGGAAAAGGACGUUUCAAAACUCAAAGGCAAGGCUGACGCUGCGUUGGAAAAGGCCAACACUGCUCUCAAGCAGUUCAAUCAAAAGGAGUCCGAGUGCAAAAAGCAACAAGAAGUGUUUUUCCAGCAUCGAAUGCCCGACAUUUUGGCGUUGUGCCAACAUGUCGAAGAGGAGCGAUGCCGUGCUGUGAGGGACACUUUCGUCACGAUGAAAGACGUGAUUGAGGACCGUUUCCAACGCCUGGCCACCUUGUCCGAGCGGUUUGCCAGGGCUGUUUCAAGCAUUGACAUCCAUGUUGACAUGGAAGAGUUCAUCAGCAACACGGCUGGAGAUCGUAGCGUAUCCGUCAUGUCACUCCUCUACCCAAGCAAGAAGGGACGCCUCUUUGUGCACAAGCGUGGCGAAGCAGCCGACCGUUGGCGUCAGCAAUUCCUGGUGCUCAUGAAUGAUCAGCAACUCCUCUAUCUGUUUGAUUCUGAAGAUUCGACCAAACCUCGCUCGAUCGUGUCCAUUUCCAGCGGUGAUCGCACAGUUCGACCAGUCGACGAGUCCUUGUUUGGCAGACCUAAUUGCUUCCAAAUCAUUUCGAAUGACGACACCCUCUACUUCCAGGCCGAGGACGACAACGAACGUCGGGAGUGGCUCAACAAACUCCUGAACAUUUCAAUCGGCCAAAAGUUUACGCGACGCGAGCUGGUCUCUCGUCACGUCACCAGUCUUCAUCUCCGUGUCAUCGAAGCCAAGAAACUGAGCAAGAGCGGCGAUCUCUACUGUCUCGUUCGGUUGGAUUCGGAGCUUCAGGCUCGAACCCAAACCCGAAAGGAUACCAACGCCCCAUUCUGGAGUGAAGAGUUCUUCUUUGAUGAGGUUCCUGCGUCGGUCGGCAAUCUCGAAAUUGUCAUCAUGAAUAGCAAGCGCGACUUGGGCAGCGCGUUCGGCUUCAAUCCGAAGGACACGGAAGUUGGCGUGGUCAGCGUGCCGAUUUCCUCCCUGUCAUCCGAUUCAGUUUUUGAAGAUUGGAUCAACGUCUUUACUGAGGCAAGCAGCAUUGGCUUUGAGGCGUCUUUGCGCGCCCGCAUCAAGUUCUCCGACCAGCUGAUCAAGCCGCUCGCAUCGUACCAGCCUAUGCUCGAUCUCCUCGACGAGCCCACGUUCAUCACCUCGCUCAGCACCGUGAUUCCUGCAGCAGACCGCGAGAAUCUCGCGCGGACGCUCAUUCAAAUUGCCCAUGGAAGCGAUCGAGUCCAGCAAUUCAUCGUCCGUCUCAUCAAGGACGAGAUUGCCUCGACAGACGACCCCAACAUUAUCUUCCGAGGCAACUCGCUUGCCACCAAGACGAUUGAUCAGUUCAUGAAACUCGUGGGCAUGAAGUAUUUGCACAAUACGUUGUCGUCGGUCAUCAAGAGCAUCUACGAUUCCAAGACUGCCGCGGAGGUUGAUCCCACCCGAGUGUCCAACCCGAACGAUCUCAAGCAAAACUGGCGUCGUUUGCUUGUUUUCAUGAAUCACACCUGGGAUGCCAUUCUGCACUCGCUUGAUAGCUGCCCAAUGGCGUUGCGCGCUGUCUUCCGUGCCAUCACCACCUUCACUAACAACAAGUUUGGGGCUGAUUCGGUCAGCCAGUACACCGCUGUCAGCGGUUUCUUCUUCUUGCGCUUCAUGUGCCCGGCGAUUCUCAACCCCAAGCUCUUUGACAUGAUGCCGACGCACCCGGAAGAGCACACUGCUCGCACGUUGACCUUGAUUGCCAAGACGCUUCAAAAUCUGGGCAACCUCGUCGAGUUUGGCGCCAAAGAGCCAUUCAUGGUCGACAUGAACGAAUUCAUUGCGGCAAACCUGGACAAGAUGAAGCAGUGCAUCACGAUGAUUUCGCUUGUGCCCAGUGGAGUCGAGCCGAAGGCCGACCUGGGCUCUGUGGAUCUGGCGCGACAUGCAGCCGUGCUUCAUCACUUCCUCGAAGGCAACUUUGCAGCAGUUGUUAGCACCUCGCCGUUGUCUGAGGAUCCCGAUGUUGCACGUAAGCUCAAGAUGGCGCUGGAGACCCUCUCGAGCGCUGCUGACUCGUCGAUCAGUUUGAACGAACUGGAAACCAAGGUCACUGCCAUUGCCUUGUAUGAUUACAUUGCGCAGCGCGAGGACGAGCUGUCGUUCUCGGAGGGCGAUACCAUCAUUUUGAUCUCGACCGAGAUUGAGGAUGCGGAGGGCUGGUGCAUUGCACAGCACAAUGGCAACACUGGCCUGGUGCCCUUGACUUAUGUGUGGAUUGAUGAUUCAACUUCGUCUGCUGACGGCGCCAACCCCGCCCAACCCAACUCGGACACCCACCAGUACGAUCCAGUUGCCGUUGAGGCCGCUUCGGUGGCAGAUCCCAUCUACGAAUCGAUCGACUCGCGUGCCCCAAGCAAGCCUGCGCCUCGUGCGGUGUCUUCCAGCGCCGAGACCUCCGGCGACAGCGGCCCUUCGCAGGCUGACAAGGAGCGUGCCGAGCGCAUGCGUCAGGUCCAGUUGAAGGCGUAUGCCGAGUCACAUACCGCGCCACCGCUGCCGCCGUUGAGCAAGUCGAUGGCUCCGACGGCGACGACCGCGACAACGACGACGACGGCGGCGACGACGACUACCGCGGAAGGCGGAUCCAUCACUCUCGCAUCUGUUGCGGCACUGCUCGAGUCCGAUACUGCGUCUCAGCGCGAUCGCUCGAAUAGCGGCGGUAAGCCGGCCUUCCCGCCCCCUGCACGCGGCGUCACAACAACGCAGUUCCGACCAAAGCUUGGCUCGGUCAGCGUCAACAACGCCAGGCCUGCGCAGACAACGGUCAAAGCGCCCCUCGACCCGGCUGCCGUGUACGCUUUGCCCCAAAAGUCUGCCAACACUCCCACGUCUGCCGCCAGCUUGGAAAUUCAGCGCGAGCGCGAACGAUCCGAGCGCGCGGAUCAAGAGCGUGCCGAAUUGGAAGCCGAGGGUCUCGCGGGUGUGACUGGAAAUGGGCGUACACUCCUUGUCAAGCCCAAAGCCGCUGCGCGAUCGUCCGUGAGCAACGCCUCGUCCACGACUUCCUCCUCGCCGACGGCUUCGUCGUCCUCUCCGAGCGGCGCGAGCCCCUCCCCAGCCUUUGCCCCGCCAAUUCCAAACGUGCCAAAGCCGAACCUUGCUGCUUCAUCGCAAGCUGGCCCUGCUGCGAGCUCGCUGAGCCGACAGACCUCUCUCCCCGUGGAAUCAACGCCGCCGACCACGGUCAACCAGCGACGCUCUGUGUUUGGUGCCGCGGCGAAUGACAGCAACAGCACGGCAGCACCGCCCAGCAUUGCCGGAUUGAAAAAGCCUACUCUCGGGAACGCGAGCGGCCCAACCCCUCCAAGCCAGCUCCCUGCCAAGCCCAGCAACUUGGUCGGCUCUUCGACAACAUCUGCCUCGUCCACUACUGCAGCCAGCACUGCAAAGCCGCCAGCGCUGGUCGCCAAGCCCGCGGCGCUCGUCAACAAGGCCCCGUCCGGUCCUCCUGAUAAGCUUCCGCCAAAGCCCGCUGCCGUUGCAGACAAGUCUCAACCCGCUCCAGGCGACGAAUCUGAAAAGCCUGCGUGGUUUAAGGACUUCCAGAAGAAGGCCGGCAACUAGUUUGUACUAUUUUGUUUCGUUGGUGUCUUAUUGUUUGUGGCUUUGCAGAGUUUGCAAUCACUUUUUUUUCAAUACAACGCUGG